CAGCAGUGAACACAGUCAGUCACCGGUCACCCACCCAGUAAUCAACCCAUUACAUACACACUUACAUUUAACAGUACCGCACCGCCACGCCCCUUGGAAAGAAGACCACGAGUGAGUGAAUUGUAGUUGGUGGACGGCCGGCGACGUACGGUAGGUAGGCAUAUGUACCAAGUAGGUCUACGCGGGUCCUAGGCAUACGCAACACGCAUACCGAACGAGGGAGGGAGGUUUCAAAAGCCACGGUGCUUUGGGGGGUCCGCCACAGACGUACGUCAGCCGCUCAGCCGGUCAAGUUAGUUUUAAAUACGACAGCCGCGACCGACCCGCCCCCUCACGGCCCCUCGAACACUCACUCAGGAAUGCAUGGACUGGACUGACACAGGCAAAGAGGUCGGACGUAUGAACACAGCACGAAAUGCAUUCAUGCACAACACACCAAUCGGGUCCACGAACGCAUGAAUGCCUCCCUCUCGUUGCCCGGCUGCCUGGGCUGGCUGGCACACAUGGCUCUAGACAGAGUCCUGUGGAGAGCCAUGUGCGAGCGACUUACCAAUCAUGCCAGACAGACAGACAGACAGACGGCCAAGGCCACCCCGCCCACCCACCCACUUUAACGAAUCAAUCAACAACUCUCGGACAGACCGACUCAAUGUGCUGUCUGGCUCCGUAACGUACUAGGAUAGGAUGUCGUGUCAGUCUGAAAAAUUGCCCCCAGAGAGAGAGAGAGAGUCAGAGAGAGAAAGAGAGAGAGAGAGAGAGAGAGAGAGAGAGACGGGGAAGGGAAGAGAGAAGAUGGCCACACACAUAGUCAGUGCAUGUAUGGUACAGGAAGAAGACAAUCAAGACAGACAAGGAGCCCUCCCCUCCAGCCCCUUCCACGCCUUCCACGCAGUCAGUCAGUCCACGACGACAGAGGCCGCCUGAGGCAUGGCUGCCCCCGCCAUGCCUCCGCCCGACCCGCUGGGUGCGCCCCGCGAGAGCCGCCCGCUGCCGUCACUCUCGUCCGUCCCCUGCUCCCCACCACUGCCACCAUUACCGCCCCCUGCAACCGACUGACCCGCCUCGCGGGCAAGGUUCGUCUGCGAAGGGCCGCGCAUGGCUGCUGCCGGCUUGGGAGCCGCCGGGGGAACGAGUCGUGGCACCGUCAGGGAGGGGAGGAUCUCUGGGUCAUCCAUGUCGGGCGGCCUGCAAGGGAAAGAAGCACACGGGGGAGACGGGCGGUGACAUGGCAUGUUGGUGUGAUGUUGCAUGUGGUGCUGGCGUGGUGUGGUGUGGGGUGGGCGGCUCACUUGCUAAGGCAGGGCCGUUUGGCGUCUGAGGAGCCGGCCUGGGCGUCAUGGUUGGCCUGAGACCUGCAGACAGACAGAUAACCACCGACCAUACACGAGAUGCAUCUCACGUCAGCUGAGGCAGCCUUGCCCACUCCCCUUCUCGCUUGGCUCUCACUUGCGCUUCACGUGAACAGGCGGCACGAGCGGCAGAAUGAACGAGCCCCUCUUGCUGCUCUUGCCCGUGUGGGCGCCUCCUCUCCCCGAAGACCCCUUCGCCGCCCGCCCAGGGCCCCCGGAGCGGCUCGUGUCAGCCGCCCCUCCUCCAGAGAGCUCUGGUACGGUGACGUUCGCCCUGCCGGGACCCGAAGGGCACGAGUGAGAUGUCGGCCGGUCAGCAGAGGGCGGUCGCAGGAAUGGGUGAGUCAGCAACGGCCGCGCAUGCUGGCUUGGGUUUGGUGCGAGUGCCGACUUGAUAGGCGGCUGGGUGGGCGUGGGGAAGGCCGACGGCUGGAGAAUACUCAACGCAGCAGCUGCACACAACACACACCAAGGUACGAGCAGUGAUGUCUGAGUCAGAUCGGUUGGUGUGCCGGUGUUUGCUAACCUGCAGACGACUGCGAGAAGAGGGGGAACGUCGUAUGCGCGGCGCCUCCGAGCCCCUUGUUUGCCAGGGCAGCCUGAUCCACGACGCCCAGGUCCGGCCGCUGUAGCCCCAUCCCGCCAUAGCUCGCCGGGAUCUGCUCCAGUGGCUUCUCUUUGCCAUACGUUGCCGGAAUCUCCUCCAUCCCCUCGAGCGAUACCGACGCCUUGCCCACACCACCACCACCACCGGCAGCGGCAGCGGCAGGAGCGUUCGGAUCCUGGGCCCUCUUGAUGGGGCUGGUGGAUGGGGAUGGGCCACCGACGGCGGUGAAGUGCUCCAGCGAGCCGAGAGCGAAGAGGGAAGGCCGCACAUCGGACAGCUGAGCAGCCGCCUCCCUCUCCUCCCCUCCUGCUGCCGCUGGUGCUGUCGGUCCAGUCGGUGGCUUGUUGUGUGGGAGUGUGAAGGGGAAUGGGUGAGGCCCGGGGGGCGCGAUGGCCGCCAGGGCGUUGAGGGCCAAAGCAGCCGUGUCGGGCGACGUCGUGUUGGACCGUGAGCCGCCGGACGGCACAAAGGACAUGGCGGGCGGCGAGAUGGGCGGGACCAGGUUGCUCUUGGCGAGCUGCUUGCCGGACCCACUGGCCGAGCUGGCUCCCUUGCCCGCCAUGCUCUCGAGCGACGGCAGCGACAUGAGCUCCGGCCGGUCGCCGCCCCCCACCACCGCGUCGAGAGGGAACACCGGAGGCACCACGGGGUUCUUGACGCCCGUGUACUCGCCCUUCCUGGCCGCCUUGAACUGAGCGGCCACUGCUGACGGCGGCACGAGGGGGGCCGCAGGGGGCGAAGUGCCAGCCAUGGGUGGAUUUGGCAGGGGUGGCAACGGGGGUGGUCUGACCUUGCCCGGCUGAAAGGGGGCUGUGGUGGUCGACGCCUGUGUCUGUGCCUGUGCCGUCUUGGUCUUGAGGGCUUCGAGCACCUCGGCGAUCUUGCGCAUGGGCUCGAUUUCGCGUUUCUUCUGCUCCUUGAGCUCGGGGAUGGAGGGCAGCUCGGGGUCGCCGACAGGCAGCUGUUUGGUGGUGUCGAGUGCCAUGAGGCUGGCGAUGGCCUGGCGGGAAAGGGCGGCGCCCUCUGCAGGGGUGGAGGGAAGAUUGUUGAGGCUCCGCUCCAUGAUGGCCUUCUGCUGCACGGCCUCCUUGAGCCUCUCCAGCUCCGCCCACGUACCCGGGUCAAUGUCAACCUCACUCCUGCAGACACCACGAGACACACACAGACGAGUGGAAUACCAAUACAUUCAGACGGAUAGCGUGUGUGGCUUACAGGUCAGCCUUCCUGCGGCGUCUCCUCUUGCGCAUCACGGCCGGCGGCACAUCCCUGGUGUGCUCGCUGAUGAGGUCCGACACACCCGACUUGCCGUCCGUCGCAGACUGGUCGUAGUCCUUCGGAGGCGCCAGAGGGGGCACGAUGUCGUCCUCAUCGGGCCCACCGUCAGGCGAGACGCCGCAAGUCCAUCUGCCCUUCCGCCCUCUCUGUUGCUGCUGGGCACGCGCACUCCUGUUGAUGAAGUCCUUGAGCCGAUGCAGUGACGGGUCGAUGUCGUCGUCGAGAGCCUUGCCGCUCUUGCGCUGGCGCUUCUUGCUGCCCUUGGCCGCCUGGAUCUUGUCGCCUGGCUUGUACUCGCCAUCCCGCUCGCCCCUCUGGCCCUUCCUGGGCCGCCCCCGCCCCCUCUUGACAGGCACGUCCUCGAUCGCCACGUCAUCGUCUUGCUCCAUGUCCUCAUCGCUGUCUUGAUAGAGGUCGGGGUCAUCGAGGUCCAGACCCUGCGACUCGCCAUCGCCAUUCUCAUAUACCGAGUCGCUCUCGCCCUCGUCAGAGUACAUGUCGGCGUCCGAGCUGGCCUUCCGGCCCCAACGGUCGCGGUCGCGCGGCGCCUGCUUGUGACGGUCGCCCUCUGUCCGCCCCUCUUCCUCCAGCUGACGUACUGCCUCGAGCAGGCAGCGAAGACCAUCGUGCGCCGGGUCAUGCAGCCAGUCGGGGGCCUCGCCUGACGUCUCGUCGCUAUCCUCCGUCGCCUCAGAGAAGGCCAGCGCCUUCUUGCUGGGCCGCCCCCUCUUCUGAGCCGCCUUGGGCGGACGUCCCCUGCGCUUCGGUGGGGGCUUGGUGAGAGGGACGUCUGGCUCGUGCUGAUCAACGGGCUUGGGGCGCCUGGCGCGCAUGCCGAGCAUGGCGGAGGCGGAGACGGCAUUGCGGCGCUCCCUGAGGGACAUCCGGUCGCCCGUCGACAUGCGCACUGUCUUGGGCCGCUCUGGUGUGGGCAGGUGCGGGUGUGGCCCCUCCCUGUGGCGUCGGUUGGACUCCCCCUGGUCCUGGAAGGCCUCGACGGCAGCGUCGAGGGCCCUGGGGCGGUCAACGCGGGGCGUCUUGCUCUCAGAAGGCAGCUCGCUGUAACGGUCGGGCUCAUCCUUGACUGAACACAACAAAUGAAUAGCAGGGGGAGAGGGCAUGGUAUGCGAUGCGGGUGGCGAGGUGUCUGGUGCGUGUAGGUGUUACCUGUAGGUGUCUUGUCCAUCAUGGCCCUGUCGUGGCUAUGUUCACGCGCCUUUGGCAGCCUGUGCCUCUGACCGUCACCCACCUGCACACACAAGCGUACAACGCGACCGUUAGGGGCGCUGGUGUGCUAGUGUGUCCCCGUUCUGAUAGCCCAGCGCAUGGGCUGGCCUCAUGUGCAUGGCCUUGCCUUGCUGUACCUCUCGAGCGGCCUGAGAAGCUCCAGCGGCCUCACCUGACCUGAAAAUGCAGACAAGUCAGACACGGGAAGGUCGUCAGCUGCAAUCUGCAUCCUCUCUCUGCCUGUGCCUGCCCUCUUGCCCAUCCCCUGGCCUCUGUGUGUGUAUGUACCUGUCGCGUAUCACACUAUCGUCUUGAGGUUUGUCCUCCCCCUCCCCAGCGAGUCUCAGCAGCUCCCUCUCCUCCUCAGUGUAUCCCUCACUGCUAAAGCCGAGCCGACGAUGGGGCGACGCCUCCACCCCAUCGGCACUACCAGCAGCCUGACCGACAACAGGCAGACGAACACCACACAUGCACGAGACGUCCACGUGUGUGUCCUUGACUUCUGGUGAAGUCGGGCAACGGCAUCAGUGAUGCCCACGCACACGCGAGAGCUGCCUGUGGCCUUUGUGAACCCACCUGCGAUGCUCCAGCGCCCCCGUCCUUCUUGGACGCCUCCGGCUCACGCAACAUCCCCAGUCGGCUUCUAACGGCGGCAGGCACCUCGCGCCGUUGCGGCUUUCCGUUUCGAUCAACAGGAAUCGCGCAACCCUCCCUCUCCGAC